UUAUGAUUGUUGUUUUAUUACUAUUAGGCUUCAUGUCCUAUUUAUUACUGCUUAAUUUAAUCCAAGUAUUUUCCAUUCCUUUGGAUUUUAUCACAAUGGGAUUAGGAUUAUGGAAUUUUGCAAUUGUUGGUUUGAUUUCUAUUUUCUGGAAAGGUCCACUUUGGUUACAACAGACUUACUUGACUAUUAUGAGUUCAUUGAUGGCAUUUUCUUUAACUGGAUUAGAGCAGUGGACUACUUGGAUUCUAUUAGGUUUACUUGCUAUAUGGGAUCUUAUUGCAGUACUAUGCCCAUUUGGACCUCUUCGUUUGUUGAUUGAAAGUUCAAAGAAACAGCAAAGAGAAGUUCCUGCAUUACUUUAUUCUGUUAAUGCAGUAUGGUUUAUGAUGGCAUCAGCUAAAGACCAUUUCAGAUUGUCCAAAAGUAUUAUUGGUCGAGAACAAAAAGAAUCUUUGAGAGUAGAAAAGAACAUAGACUUUCGUCAUUCAUCUUAUCAUUCACAUAAUACAUUUAUUCAACAAAAGGUUUUAAUUAGAAAUAGUCAUGAUGGUUUUAUGCGUUUGCCAGAUGAUACUCUUAGUAUAGAGAGUAGUCAUCAUUUAAUAAACCCAAAUGCAUCACUAGAAACAAAUCAUACUGAUAAUAGAAAUAGUCAAAGAUCUGGUUUAUCAGAACAAGAUGAAGAAGAUGUAGAGAGAAGUGGUCUUAAGCUUGGAUUAGGUGAUUUCGUUUUUUAUAGUGUCUUGAUUGCUCGUGCAGCAAUGUAUGAUUGGAUUACGACUAUUUGCUGUACAAUUGCUGUCUUAACAGGCCUAACAGCUACUAUCUUUUUAUUGGCCAUUUAUAAUAAGGCAUUACCUGCUUUACCAAUUUCUAUAGCAUUUGGUAUACUAUUUUAUUUUGUAGCUAAAACUAUAUUAGUGCCUUAUAUUGGAGCUCUUUGUGUAUUUGGCAUGGUUGGAAUAUAAUCAUUAUAUGUUUAUAUUUAUAUUUAUAUACCCCUUCAUCUUUUUUUUAUUUUAUAUUUUUUAUUACAUGUAAUGCUUAUAAAGUUAUAUAAACAAAUAGUGGUAUAAUUCCAGCUGCAA